AUGCCGGCCUCCCUCAAUAGACCACCGAAACCUCCUCAAAACACAGAGCCUACUGCCCCUCCACCGCCACCCAUCGACAGUAUCACCUUCACCACCCCCGAAAGACGUCUCAUAACUGUCAAUGAUCUAGUUCUCUACACAGCAUCACCCACACAUGACCUCAUCGUCUGCUUCAUAACAGAUCUCAAAAAUUCGGUCCUCAAUACCAAAAACUCGCACGAAUGUGUAGUGUCUCCGCUAGUAUCAAAGCUCUUAAACAUCCUCGACGAGAUUCGGGGAAUUGUUGACGAGCACCCGCCAGAGGAAGCUGCCGGAAGAUUCGGGAAUAAAUCAUUCAUGGGUUUCUAUGAUGCUGUCGCGGAGCGGGCUGGUAAGUUGCACGAGGAACUAGGGCUGCCUUCAGAAGCUGCGAAUGAGGAAGCGAGACGUUACUUGGUUGAGUCUUUUGGUAACCGCACUCGAAUUGAUUAUGGUUCUGGCCAUGAACUUAAUUUCAUUUCCUGGCUCCUUUGCUUCCGCCAAUUAUCUCUUGUCACACCCAUCGACUAUCAAGCACUAGUCCUUCGUGUCUUCAAUCGUUAUAUCUCUUUGAUGCGUCACAUCCAAACCACUUACCUCCUAGAACCUGCUGGCUCCCAUGGUGUUUGGGGGCUUGACGACUACCAAUAUCUCCCUUUUCUGUUCGGCGCUUCACAACUCUACUCUCACCCUCAUCUCCGGCCAAAGUGCAUCCAUGAUCCGGAAAUACUUGAGGAGUUCUCAAACGAGUACAUGUACCUUGGUUGCAUAUCCUUCAUCAAUUCCAUCAAGACUACUGCAAAGCUACGAUGGCACUCUCCAAUGUUGGAUGAUAUCUCAAAUGCGCGGAACUGGGCCAAGAUCACAGACGGGAUGAAGAAGAUGUAUGAGACUGAAGUGCUGGGGAAAUUACCAGUCAUGCAGCACUUUUUAUUCGGUGGCAUAUUGAAAGCGGCGGAAGGUAUGGGUGUGUAUGAGGAAGAGGAGAGGGCAGUUGAGUUUAAAGAGGGGAGGGUCGUGGUUGAUAAGGAUGGGAUGACACAUGUGCACAGUGGAUGGGGCGAAUGCUGUGGAAUCAAGGUCCCAUCGGCGAUUGGAGCAAGGAAGGAUGAAGAGAAGCAGAAGCUGAGAACCAUCCCAAGGAUUCCAUUUGAUUAG